AGCCCUUCCGUCAUCUAGGGUUUAGAUUGCCAAUUCCCCAAUCAAAACACCACCCCAAUCCUGAUUCAAAUUACACCAAUAUUUCUGUAAUUCGGCGGUAAAAUCAUCAUGGGGAAGAACGACUUCCUAACCCCAAAGGCAAUUGCCAAUCGGAUCAAGGCCAAGGGACUUCAGAAGCUUCGAUGGUACUGCCAGAUGUGCCAGAAGCAAUGUCGAGACGAAAACGGCUUCAAAUGCCACUGCAUGAGCGAAAGCCACCAGCGACAGAUGCAGAUCUUCGGCGAAAACUCUAAUCGCAUAGUCGAUGGCUACUCCGAGGAGUUCGAGCAAAGUUUUCUCGAUUUGAUGAAACGAAGCCACCGGUUCAGCCGUAUCGCCGCCACCGUGGUCUACAACGAGUACAUCAACGACCGCCACCAUGUUCAUAUGAAUUCGACUGAGUGGGCCACGAUAACCGAGUUCGUGAAGCACUUGGGGAGGACGGAUUCAUUCAUCAUUGCGGACAUUGUUUAGAGCUGAACACAUGUGGGAGCUCUCCCACUUUUGGGCACUGAUGCAUGAAGCAAUGGAUUAUUUUUUUCCUUCAGGAAAUUUUACUACCAUUUAAGAGGUUUUAUUUCUUCUCAAUAGUCAUUCCUGGGUAAACAAAUAUUUCUUGUGUGCUUUUAUGGUAGGUAGUUUGGGGUUUCUUUGGUAUGAAUAAUAUGAUUUCUUUUUUGGGUAUAUGAGACUUCUUUGACUCACUCUGUUGCCUGCAUUCUUUUUCAGUUGGUUGUGGGGUUGAGUCUUCACCCAGUUGAUGUCUGAAAGUAGGUGCUUGGUAAUGGAAAAGUUGAAAAGCAUAUUAAUGUGGGAUGAGAUACUAGGUACAGCAAUAGAGGUGUUAGGAUAGUUGUGUUGUGUCCUCGUCCAACUGCUGCCUCUCAAGAUUGAUUUUGCAAAGUUGGUAUGAAAAAUUCUUUAUGUCAAAUCAUACCUGCCUAUUAUGUAUGCCCUGGUUCUUUUGACACCAGUCUAGAGCCUCUGUGAAUGGUUUUCUGUUUGUGGAAACCAACGGUUCUCAUUGCACAUGUAUUCCAUGGUUAUGUUUCCAAUAUUUUUAUGCACUGUUACACGGUUCUUUUUGCAAUACAUAUUUUCUGUGGAUGAACAAGUUGGGGAUUGGCACUUGUACAUCCUUUUCCAUUA